AUGUACCAUCUGCUGUCGUUGCUCAUCGCCUUCGGGCCGUUCGUGCGAGGCGCAACGGUUUUUCAGGGCGAAUGCCGAGACCAAGCCGUCAUCUGCGAGCAGUUGUGCCUGGCGAUAUCGCCCGAGACGUACGAGUGCGGCUGCUUCAACGAUCACAGCCUUGAUGAUGAUGGGGUGUCGUGUAGAUUAAACGCCACCAAAAGCACGGCACGCGACCGUCCGACCGAGCGGCUGACCGACUCGCCGAGGAUAACAACACCGGCCCAAAAUGACAUUGUUCAGCUACUGCCCAUCGACAAGGAGCCGCCUCUACGCUUUAAUGGCAAAAACUACGCCGAGCUACCGGCGGAUGACUCGUUCUACCUGGAGUCGAACGUGACGAUCGAGUUUCGGUUAAAUUCCCAAGCCGACGGGAUUCUCCUGUUUGCUGGCGAAUUCGCCGGCGACGAUUUCUUCUCCAUCGUCUUCCAGGCUCCGAAUAUUAUAUUACGAUUUGAUUGUGGCGAAGGGGCGAUCGAGGAUUUGUACAGAGGGCCCUUCAAAAGCGGCACCUGGCAUUCUCUUACCGUGCACCGCAAGUUCUGCGACUACUCGGAUAUGAAGGCGGAUAGGGGGCAGAAGAUGGUCGACAGGACCGAGCAGUUCAAGCACUACAAAGGGAUCAGCGUCGACAAGGCCGUCUUUUUGGGAGGAGCCCCCGUGGACAUUGACUUUUUGGAAGGUCGUUCUGGCGCGUCGAACGGCAUCGAAGGCUGCGUCCGGAGGGUGGAAAUCAACGGCCGCCUUCACCUGGACACCCGAACCGGCGUCAAUUUGGCCGCCAACAGGGAGCAAUUGGGAUACUGUACUGAAGUCCCGCCCACUACCGUGAAGAGUAUUCCGAUGGGAUUAACGACCGAAAAGGUGACGGAGAAGUCGGAGGAUUCUGAAGAGGCCCCACCCGCGCCGACGUUGACGAUAAAGGAGAUUGUAUUGAAGACUGGAGCUUCAGAUGAUUUCCUCUACAAACCCACCCGGCCGAAGCCUCGAUUCCUCGCCCAGCUGCCCGCCAAGCCGAAGAAGCCGGUGGAGAAGCAGAUCUCAGCCGAGCACGUGCUCCUUAUGGGCAAUGAUCACAAGGAAACGUCAUUGAACAGAAAUGCCUCCUCACCAUCCCCCCUCCGAAUUGUCGAAUUCUCCGGCAACUCAAGAGUCACCCUAAAUCUCCCCGAAGACAUCGAAGACUAUCUGGAGCUCGUGCUCUACUUUAAGCCGUCGAAAAAUCAGGGCGUCAUUUUCACAUGGUCGGACGCGGAGCGGUACGUGGUGCUCGCGCUCGACGAGGGCUUCGUGAACGUGCACGCGUCGAUGGGGGUGGACGCGGUGGCGUUGAGGUCGGAGAGUGUUGUCUCACUCCAUAAUUGGCACAAGGCGGAGGUGUGGCGCUCCGGGAAGGGCAUCCUCCUCAAGGUUGAUCGCCAAUCGUGGGUCGAAGCGGAAGUCCACUCUGCCAGGGGUCCGCCGCGAAGGAUGGCCAUUUUAAAGGGACUGGCAACGCUUGGGCAUCCAAAUGAGGCCACACCGGCUCAUUUGCUGGCUCUUCAUGGUUUUCAUGGUUGUAUUAAGAGGGUGGUUGUAAAUGGGCAUCAUCAGCAUCUAGGGGAGCUGCCCGCUGUGGAGACACGUGAAUGCGGCUCAGACCCUUGUGCCGGAAGCGGCUGCCCGGGUGGCUGUGCAGCCCGACACGACCGCUUCGUCUGUCUCUGCCAAUGGCCGACGUUUGGCAAGAGUUGCGCCCAAAACACCACCAACUCUCUAGAGGCGAUGCAUUUCGGGGGUCAAUCAUAUCUGGAGUUGAGCAGCGACGAUUAUAUGCAACACAUCACGGGCGAUGCUUUGCGGUUGGUCGUCGAGUUUAAGCUGGCCAACGAGACAAACGAGUUCACGGAGAGUCAGAUCCUCAUCUUCGCAGGUUCAGAAGAAGAUUCCGGAGACUUCUUGAAGUUGACGGUAACCCGCGAGCGAAAAAUUCGCUUUGAGACGAACCUCGGAUCCGGAAUCUCCGAGCUCACCCAUCCUACCGUAAUCCCGGCGCAUCGCUGGACUACUGUCCAGGUCUUCAGGGAAAAGAGAAAGAUCCGAAUGGCAAUCAAUGGUGACACUACCGUAUCCACGGUUACACCCGGCACCUCCGAACAAUUGAACGUCUACAAGACGCUGUUCAUUGGCGGCUACGAGUCGGACUCCAUCCAUUCUGAGGGUCUUCACGGCUGCGUGAGAAUGGUUGAGCUGGGUCCCCGGCUCAUCCGUCAGCCAUCCGAUGCCUCGACAGCAAUCAACAUCAGCGAAUGCCCCCUG